AUGUCAAGUUUUCAUCGUAUUCGUCAAUCAUGGCGUCGAUCAUUAGGUUAUUUGGGUAUAUUUGGGGUCACAACUGUAACCAUCAUCAAUGCCACAUCACGAUAUAAUGAUAAUAUUCAAGUACACGAUGCAUUUUCAAAUCAUACAUAUCAACAACAAAAAAAACAUAUACUAUCUGGCAUGCACGAUCCAUUUAUUACUACUGAUUUGAAUGAAUUAGAGUUAUUUCAGAAACAUUUUUCCCAAUUCUCCUACUUAUUUUAUACGGAUUGUAACAUCCUGAAACAAAAAUAUGCUUUAAAGACUCCGGUAAAGAUACGACCUCUUACAGAAUGUCCCAAGCAAUUUCAAUCAUCUUUUAAUAAUCAGAAAACACUGAUUGUUGGCGGUCCACCAGCAUUAAUCACUGGCGUCUCUAUGGUGAAAACGGGAAAAGAUUUAACUUACAUUAAUGACGAACGGCGAAUACCGAUCGCUUUCGGUUCUGCUUGGCAUCUGGAACAAGAUGCAAACACAGAGGCACCGACUACUUAUCGACCUACGCAAUUCUUAAUCGAGCAACUCGCUCGUAUAACAUUUCGAUACGUCAGUUACGAAUCGAUUCAACAGACUGGUUACUUUCCAUGGAGAACGCUAGACUGGAUUGGUUGGCUACAACAUCCUGGACAUUGGCUUGCUGCAUUUAAAAUAUCAUUAGCCUUUCAAUGGAUUACCAUGUUCGAAGACCGAGCAGCAAUAUUGAAAAAAGUCGCUGCACAAUGUAUUGCAAAUGAGAAUUUUUUCGAACAAUUAAAUCGGGAAUUAAAUGGGAAACUUCUAUUGCAUGAAAAUGGAUCGAUUAUCAUCGCUCGAACUAGUGAAGAAGUUUCACAAUUACAAGCGUUGAAAACUGCUUUAAUCAAUGAGGGAAGACAUUUGAGAAUUUUAUCUAAGGAAGACAUGCUUCAUCGUUAUGGUUUUAUUCCUAAUGGUCUGAUGUAUGGAGAAAAACAACAUGAUAGAGUCUUGUUCGCAGAUUUUAUGAAAAUACUCAAUGAUUUUAUUCGAAAUCAAGGAGGGAAGGUUAUUGAUGGAACACUCACUAUGAUCUAUGUUGAUGAUCAGCAGUCAGGAGGUAUUGCUGAAUAUAGUACACCUGAUGGUCAAAAACAUUAUUUUGCAUUUUCUCGGUUAAUUCUAUCGUUGGGUACUCAGCCAAUUAUUAGUAAAAAUAAUAAGCCUUUAUUCGAUGUUGUUGCCGCUCGAGGAGUGUCGGUACUAGCACAUGUUUACGUACCCUCGAAAUAUCGACUUCCACCUGUUAUGGUUUGUGGUGGGACAAAUCAUGCAACAAAAUUGUCUGAAAAUCCAGUGCAAGUGAAAGAUACUCAUGGCAAGAUAUAUGAUUUAUAUUUGAUGCGAUUUACCGCUGGCGCAUGUAUUACACCGAAUGUUUCUGAUGAGAAUGCAGCCAACUAUGAUGGAACGACUGCUCUGGGUCUAGUCACCGCGGUACGAAAAACUUUAGGUGAAUUCUGUCGAGUUGAACCACUCGUUGUUCAUGGUUGCAAUCGGCAAGUCAGUCGAUAUGGACAAAUUUCUUGGAUUGAACCGUUUCCUGGAAUUCAUGUGCAGUAUGGAGCAGCUGGAGGUGGUCUUACACGAGCACCGGAUUUCGUAGCACGACCAUCCUCGCAUAGCUCGUCAGCUUGA